UGAGCAGACCUAAUACCAGUUUAAAAAUUAUUAUCGAUGCUAAAAUCGAUUACGAGGAAAUUUGAAAAACAGCUUGGAGAUAACAAAAUGCAGAGGAACUGAUUCUGAUUAUAGUGGAAAAUUAUUAAAAAAUGUUAACUAUCACAAAACUAUAGAACAUGUCUAGCACAUAAAUAAUUAGUGGAGCGAGGUUAACAAUUUAUUUAUACCUUCCAAGAAUGGUGUGGGGUGUUGCUUCUCCGGUGUUACGAGCGUCGCUUAAAAGGACGGUGCCGUCUCAAUUUCGUGCUUUUAAAAGUCUUAUUGAUAUUCAUCCUGCAGUUCAACAAUCACUUCAACAGGGCGAACCAGUAGUGGCUUUAGAAUCAACCAUCAUCACACAUGGUAUGCCGUAUCCACAGAAUAUUGAUACAUCGGUAGCGGUGGAACAAAUAGUUUCCCAAAAUGGAGCGUUAGCAGCAACAAUUGCAAUUAUAAACGGCCGUAUUAAGGUAGGUCUCACACGCGAAGAAAUGAGACAAUUGGCAUCCAAUUCUCAUAGCGAAGUUGUCAAAUGUUCAAGACGCGAUCUACCUUAUUUGAUUGCCAAGAAAGGAAAUGGUGGUACUACUGUAGCAGCUACCAUGAUCAUUGCACACAUGAUGGGAAUAGAGAUAUUUGCUACUGGCGGAAUAGGCGGAGUGCAUCGAGACGGUCAUGUAACAUUUGAUAUAUCGGCAGAUCUUAUAGAAUUAGGACGGACACCAGUGACAGUAGUCUCGAGUGGCAUUAAGUCUAUUUUAGAUAUACCCCGUACACUUGAGUAUUUGGAAACACAAGGAGUAUGCGUUGCGACAUAUGGUGUGGAAGAUUGCAGUUUCCCAGAUUUUUACACUCGCGAUAGUGGGUUUAAAGCACCGUACAAUCUGCGUGACCCAAAAGAAGCGGCAAAUUUAAUUAAAAGUAUGAGGGAGUUAAAGGUCGGCUCGGGCGUGUUGAUAGGUGUGCCCAUACCGGAGCAGUAUGCAGCGAAUAAAAAUAUAAUUGAAGCGGCCAUCCAAAAAGCCAUUGGUGAGGCAGACAGUCAAGGCAUUAGUGGUAAACAAGUUACGCCUUACUUACUUGAGGCAAUUGCUAAAAUUACGAAGGGUAGCAGUCUAUAUGCAAAUAUAGCUUUGAUAAAAAACAACGCCAAGACGGCUGCGAAAAUCGCUCAAGAACUAUAUAAAAAAGAUAGUAGCUUUACAAUAGGGCGUGAACCUGAUAAUUGUGCAACAAUAGCACCUCUUGUGAUUGGGGCCUCAAUUUUAGAUCUUUCCCUAACAGUGGUCGACGAUAUGCCAAAGGUUCUCGACGGUGCUACAUAUCGGGCAAAGCCAACAAUGUCUGCAGGUGGAGUCGGUCGCAACAUAGCAGAGUGCAUCUUCAAACUGUACGGUGCAACAAACUUUAUUUCCAUAGUAGGUAAUGAUCAACUCGGUCGCAGCUUACUGAAAAUGAUUCCACCUCAACUGCGACCAUUAGUGAGAGUAGAUGAACAAAAUGGUACUUCUCUUGGGACUCUGAUCUUUGAUAAGAACGGGGACUCCAAAAUUAUGUUGGCUAACAUGGAGAUCCAUCAAAAUAUAACGCCCGAUAUGAUAAAAGGUCAAGAAAAGCUUUUUCGCUCAACUCCGAUUGUUGUAAUUGAUAGUAAUCUUUCAAUGGAAACCAUGGAAUGUGUUCUAGAACUGGCUCAGAAACAUCAACGGCCAGUAUUUUUUGAGCCUACUGAUAUGCGAAUUGCUCAUAAGCCAUUUACCCUGGCUAGAUCACUUACGAAACAAAUUAAAUUCAUAUCACCAAAUAUUUACGAAUUGCGUACGAUUGUAGAAACCAUUACUGGAACUUGCGUAUCUAAUGAAGAUAGAAAGAUAGACUCAAUUGACUCACUGUUGAAAGAAGUGAAAAUUUUAUUGUCCUUAGUAGAAGGUUAUUUUGAUUGCAUUGUCCUUACGCUGGGACAGCAUGGCGUAGUGCUAAAUUUGGAAGGGGAGACAGCGGCAUCCGGUAAGCCCCUGUUUGAUCCAAACAAUGGCUCUUACUUGCCAGCGGGAGACAGUACAAAAAAUGUUCACUCGGCUCGCUACUAUGCUGCACCGACAGUAGAGAAGAUCAAAAAUGUCUCAGGGGCCGGUGACAGUUUUACUAGUGGAUAUAUAACAGCACUAUUACGAGGCUAUGAUGUAGAAAGAUGUAUUGCGCUAGGUUUUCUGGCGGCCGAGCGAGCUUUGCAAUCCCGUUCUGCGGUUCCCGGACAAUUCUUCAAUGAUAAUGUAGAAGAAACUAAAAGCUUGCAGGGCGUUAUGAAGGACAUAAAAAGAUAUUUUUUAUAGGUUUGAGUUUAUGCUGCGUUCGCAACGGUUUAUACAUUCAAAACAAUGUUAAUAGUGCCUUUAACUUUACUGUACACAUUAAGCAGAGUAA